CUGGCGACGCUUCCAGGCAACGCGCGCGUGCAUUUUCAGCACCACCUCCGCCGUUCAUCGCACCACAACAUCGACGUGAUGCCACCGCGUAUUAACGGCAUGUGACGGCGAAUAUUUCACCGGAAAAGAACACCGAGAGGAGACAACUACAGCUAUAAAUACACCUGUUAUCAUAUCACAUGCCAGCACAGGGGUCUGGACGGAUGACGUCAGCGUUCUGGGUGAGUGACGUCAUGUCGAUCAACAGCCACAGACCGACUGAGUUCUCACACAGUUCAGCUCGUCCUAAAUUUUGUCUACGAUGCUUCUGCUGAAAUCUGAAUUUAAAAAUAGCCACAAAAUGUCACCCUUUCAGUGGAAACCCAGCUGAAGUCAUUUUUUGGUCAGUUACUGUUUUCUGUAUAAAAUCAUCAAACUUUUAUGCUUGUUAUCUCAUAAUUAGAUUUGGAGACUUUAGCCUGUAUUUCACAGAGAGGGUCACAAAAUGAUGUAAUGAUGUGAAAUCUUUGAUUAUGAGUAUCUUGGCAAAUCCGAGCAGAAUUUAAGACACUAUUGGGUUGGCUUCAUGCGUGUUAUUGCAUUAACAUGUGCUAAAGUAAACUGAUGGUGCAGCAGUCAUGUCUUGUAAACGUAUACUUCCUGAUUCCUCAUAAUAAAUUGCACCCAUAGUCUUCUGUCAAGAGCUUCAUCUUGUGGUCAAUUUAAUUAGCACUAUUAAACAUUAGCAUCUAAAAGACAUUGGUGACUAGUUCACUGAAAACAUGCACAAGCCUGAAACCAGUAAUCAAUGCUCUUAUUAAAACCCCUUUGUGAGCACCAGCUUGCAGUUUAGAGGAAUUCUGCUUAUUUUAGUGAUUAACAAACUCCAGCCUCCUGCUUAUAAGCAACAGUUGGCAAGAAAAAAGAACAUUUGGCCAUGAGGUGUAAUCUAUGUUUGUCACUUAAUGUGACAUUUCCUUAUUUCCAUGAUACUCCACAUUCUACCGAGCCUGAAACCCGGGUGCCCCGUUCCCACAGAUCUGAAAGCAGCCGCAAGCCCGGGAAUGCAGGGUUGGAUUCACUGGGAACAGAUUACGUAAAGGGUUUUUUUGGUGAAGGGGUCUUAACAUGUCUUGUCACCAGCAUAGUUGAGGCAUUGCCAUGGUUUCCUCUCAUGAAUCAGUUCCUGCCUCUGACAAUAGAGACAGGCUGUGUGUUUCAGAAAGUGAGAGAUAAUUCUUCUGUGCAGAGAAAUAAGGAUGUUUACUGAGGCCUGGUUUGAGGCAAGUAGCAAAUCUUGUUUUAUUUUCUCAUACUAAGCAGAUAUAAUACAUGCAACAUUUGUUUAUUUCUUUACAAAAUGCUCUGCUCUGUUGUUUUCUUAUAUUUGUGUUUGUAUUUCAUUCACCCAUUGACUGUUUAUUAUAUUUAUUAUAUUCUGUUGUGUUAUUUAUUCAGUUUUUCUUGUUGUUUCUGUUUGUUGUUGCACUCUGGAAAAAGAAACCUCAUUCUUGUAAAUGGAAAUAUUAGGACAUACAAUAUAUUAUCCUGAAGUUUUUGAAGUUUAAGAGAAGUAAAAAUCAGUUUAUGCAGGUGCAGAACAGAUUUAUAUUCACGUGCUUUGAAGCAAUGAAUUUGUCAAAGUAGUGUGUGGACCUCUGUUUCUCGUAAAUGCUGCCAUGUAUUGUGCAUCUUAUUUUUUUACAGACAUCGAUGUUGUGAUGUUCAAGUAAUGUGGAUUUGGAAACAGAUGUAAUUCAAGGUCGUUGUGUGUAGUUGAGCACAGCCAUGCCUCUUGUGAAGAGGACCAUCGAGCCCAAACACCUGUGCCGAGGUGCCCUGCCCGACGGGGUGAACAACGAGCUGGAAUGUGUCACAAACACUGCACUGGCGACUAUCAUCAAACAGCUGGGAGGACUCAGUCGACAUGCGGAGGACAUCUUCGGGGAGCUGUUUAACGAGGCCAACAGCUUCUACCUUCGCAUGAACAGUUUACAAGAGCGCGUCGACCUGCUGGCGGUGAAGGUCACACAACUGGACUCCACAGUGGAGGAGGUGUCCUUACAGGACAUCAACAUGCGGAAAGCAUUCAAGAGUUCCACUAUUCAGGACCAGCAGGUGGUGUCCAGAAACUCCAUCCCGAACCCUGUCAUGGAGAUGUACCAGCGCUGUGACAAACCACCUCCUCUCAACAUCCUCACGCCAUACAGGGAUGACAAAAAAGAUGGGCUCAAAUUCUACACCGAUCCAUCCUACUUUUUUAACCUUUGGAAGGAAAAGAUGCUGCAAGCCACAGAAAACAAGAGGAAGGAGAAACGACGGCAGAAGCAAGAGCAAAAGCACAUAGAGGAUCCCAGUCGCGAGGUAAAGAAAGUCCGUAAAGCUCAUAACCGGCGUCAGGAGUGGAACAUGAUGGCGUACGAUAAGGAGUUUCGUCCGGACACUCGACUAACACCGUCUCCUUACCAUGGCAUGUCCUCUGAGGGAUCUCUGUCUCCAGAUCGAUCUGGCAUGUCAGAUGAACACUCGUAUCCAGCGAGUCCCAGUCACCCGCAGGAAGCAGGUGCAGCAGGGGCUGAUGGGAAGGACACAGGCCCCACACAGACUCAAUCCCUGGACCGAGCGUAUCGGCCCCAAGCCUCGUCCACCGCCGCUGCACCUCGACAGCACUCUCUAGGACGCGUCCAGACCCACCACGGACCCCCAGCGGCAGACUCGUCCCUCAACGGACCCCGGCCAACAGCUGCCAAAGAAUACAGGGGCCAUCAAAUCCUGGAGCAUUUCGUCCCGCCUGCCCCUCCUCCACCCCCUCCCCUCAUUCCUUCCUCCCAGACCGCCUUUGACAGCACGUCUGGACCUCCGUCACUGGCUCCGGGGACAGUGGUGUCCCUCUCACGGCCCUACAUCCCAUCUCCUCCUACAGCUCCUCCUUCAGCCUACACUGCUUCACCUUCACAUGCUGUAAUGGGCGGCCCGCCGGUGGCCCCGCCCCCUCCUCCACCAGGACACCCCACCCACACCCCAUCCCCAUCCCGAAUAACACACCCAUCUGGAGAGUCUACUCUUCCCAGGAAGGGCCAGGUGCCUCUCAUCCCCGUGAGUGAUGCCCGGAGCGACCUGCUGGCCGCCAUCCGCAGAGGUUUCCAGCUUCGUAAGGUGCAAGAGCAGAGAGAACAGGAAGCCAAAAAAGAGCCAGUGGGUAACGACGUGGCCACCAUCCUGUCCCGACGCAUCGCUGUAGAGUACAGUGAAUCAGACGAGGACUCUGAGCCGGAGGAGAACGAGUGGUCCGACUGAACCUGAGGAGGCGAGAUCUGCGACCGUAGUGCUGCUAUUUUCCAUUCCUGCACAGAGUACACACUCCUCAUUAGAUCAGAGGGACAUCGGAUGGGGCUAGCGACGAGAUCAUGACAGAGAGGGAAGGAAACAGAAUUAGUGCAAUGCAAGGAGAAGGACACAAGGGCAGGUGCACAAAUAAACAGAUGACAAGGUGAGGUAAGCACAGGAACCGUUAGAAUACAGUUGGUCUAAUUAUCAUAAUGUACAUUCAACAUGCUAGCAUUUCUUUAAGAGUCACCAAGAAAAUGCUUAAAAACGAUGGUCAACAGUGAUAUUAGCACUUUAGCACUAAUUUUAUGUUACAGAUCAUUGCCACAGUGUUGUUACACACACAUAUGUCAUGAAAUCUCUGGCUUGCUUCACUUGAGAUGCCCUGAAUACAGUAUGGACAAUCAGGUCAUCGCUAUCAAAGUAUUUCUCCUUCAAUAUUACAACUCUCCAUUAUCCAAAACUAUCACUUUGUUCAACUGUGGACAGUGUUGUGAUGAAUAUUUAUACCCCAGUGAGUACAUUUCUUGAUGCUCUUGUUGGUUGCUUUUUUAUUUCUUUAUUUCACAAUGUGGCCAAUAAUUUAUUACUGCUUUAACUGUUUACUAAUCGUGUGUGUGUGUGUGUGUGUGUGUGUGUGUGUGUGUGUGUGUGUGUACCUCAGUUUGUAACAAUACUCUAUAACUUACAAGUACUGUAUCAUUAAUGUGUUUUACAAUUUAUUGUUGUAUAGAUUUUUGUAACACUGCUGAAAAGAAGAAAAAGGCAACCUUAUGUUUAAGCUAUCAUGUUGUAGUAAUAUAGCCUGAUAUGCAUGUAUGAAUAAUAAAUUAAAUAAAAAUAAAUAUACUUAAA